CCUAAAACCAGUCAGCAACCUACAAGUGCACUUGUUGUUUGAGAACUUUUGAAGUUUGUAUCGUCAGUGACUGAACUGGACUGAACUCCGGCUCAGCUCCGGCACAACACCGUCUCUACUGCUCGCACCGCUGAGGAGCGGUACAGGACCGACUGUAGAUUUCCUGGAUGGAAACGGAGAGUCUGCUGACUGGGAGUGUCAACGGAGCCCCCGGGGAUUAUGGCUCCCGUUCGGGCCCAGAUAACGAAAGGGCCCCAAGCAGCAGACGGAUGUCGUAUUCUGUCGCCCGGGAGUCGUGUAGUGUCGAGAGGGACACAGAUGAUGAGGAUCUCUACGUCCAACAAGCUAUUGUCUUCAUCGAGGACGCCAUACAGUAUCGGUCCAUCAACCACCGGGUGGAUGCCAGCUCGCUCCGCCUGUACCGAUGGUACUACUCCAGGAUCUGCCAGUGGGGCUUGGGCCUGACCAUCACUGUGGUGUUGUUGCUGGCCUUUGUGGAGCGCCCGUCCUCCCUGUCAGUCUCCUCAGACCCCCGGCAUAGCUCCAUGCCCUGGGAGCCUCCCUGCGGCUUCACCGAGAGCAUUGAGAUUGUCUGCCUCAUGAUCUUCUGUCUGGACCUCGCUGUUAAGAGUUACCUGAUUGGCUGGGAUGAAUUCAGGAAGAGCAAAUGGCUGAUUGGCUACACUGUGGUCAUCUCAGUCUCCAUCAUUGACUGGGUGUUGUCUGUCAGCAUGGUGUGUGACGAGAAACUGAGAGUGCGGCGACUCUUGCGACCGUUCUUCCUCCUACAGAACUCCUCCCUGAUGAAAAAGACACUGAAGUGCAUCAAGAGGACUCUGCCAGAGAUUGCCAGUGUCAUCCUGCUGCUGGCGCUCCACCUCUGCCUCUUCACUAUGAUCGGCAUGCUGCUGUUUGCUAAGACUGAGGAUCCAAAGAAGAACGGGGAGUGGCGGCUACACUUCAGAAACCUGACGACCUCCCUCACCUCUCUAUUGGUUCUGCUCACCACAGCCAACAAUCCAGAUGUGAUGAUCCCUGCCUACUCCCUGAACAGAGGCUACGCCAUCUUCUUUGUCGCCUUCAGUGUCAUUGGAACCUACUGUCUGAUGAACCUACUGACCGCCAUCAUCUAUAACCAGUUCAGAGGAUAUUUAUUGAUGUCUGUCCAGACUUCCAUCAUCAGGAGACGACUGGGUAUCAGAGCUGCUUUCCAAGUCCUCAGCUGCCAAGGAGCCCAACGGGCCACUGAGGAGCGUGUGCGUGUUGAUGCCGUGCUGGAGGUGAUGUCCAGAGUCCAGAUGAAGAGCUACUACAGAGCAGCCAUCACUACAGAGGCUCAGAGGUUUGCAGACCUCGGCUUCAUGGAUCGAGAGCAGUUCAGGAAGAUAUUUGAAGAACUGGAUAAAGACCGCAUCAAGGAGCACCCUCCCUUGCCUCAGUACAACUCUCUGAUCCUGCAGAGACUUCAGGUGAUCUUCAGUCACUACUAUCUCACUAUAUUUGGCAACGCAGUUGCACUGGCCAAUGUCAUCUGCAUAUGUACCAUCCUGGUGUUGAACUCUGAGAAGUCCACAGCAGAGCGAGAUAACUACAUCUUAGAGAUCAUCAACCUGUGCUUCAUCCUCUUCUACCUGUUUGAAAUGUGUGUGAAGAUCUUUGCCUUUGGCUGGAGAGGGUAUCUCUCCUACAGGAACAACAUCUUUGACGGCUUCCUCACCAUCCUGCUCUUGGCCCUGCAGAUCACUAUUUAUGCCACAUACAGACUUCCAUACUCUCACUGGGACCCGUCCUCUCAUGGAGUCAUGUCUCUGUGGGAGAUGGUUCGCUUGGUCAACAUGCUGAUUGUCUUCCGCUUCCUGCGAAUCAUCCCAGACAUCAAGCUCAUGGCUCUGGUUGCGAGCACUCUGCUGGACCUGGUGAAAAACCUCAGAGCCUUUGCAGGGAUCCUGGUGGUGGUGUACUAUGUGUUUGCUGUGUUUGGAAUCUGGCUGUUUGAAGGAGCCAUUAAACCUCCUCCAGAGAUCAGUGUGCUUUCCAACACCUCCAUGGAGAACAUCACCUCUAACCUCACCAUGGAAUGUGGUACAUAUGAACAGCUCCAGUACUGGCCAAAUAAUUUUGAUGAUUUUGCCGCCUCCAUCAUUUUGCUGUAUGAUGUCAUGAUAGUCAACAACUGGCAGGCCUUCAUGGAUGCAUACAGCAGAUACACCACCGAGUGGGCUAAGAUCUACUUUGUGUGUUGGUGGCUCACAUCCUCUGUCAUGUGGGUCAACCUUUUUGUGGCGCUCAUCCUAGAGAACUUCAUCUACAGGUGGGACCGCAGUCACAGCUGCUCUGUGACAGAUGUGGAGAGGAUCAGAUAUGAGACCUCGGUCCAGCUCAUGUUCAAGGAGCAAAUCCAGGAGCCAACAGAGGAAGAGUUACUCUGUCAACUACAUCAACACCCACACUUACACCUACACUGAUGACCCACACACAAACACAAACACACACACACAGCACCUGCCUACAACAGAGACACUGCUAGUAAAUGAGUCUACUGUGUGAGAGAAGCACUGAGAGGUCAAUGUUAUAGCUUUCUACUACAAUUUAUUUUAAUCUGUAUUAUUGUCAUU